CCGAGGAUCGAUAACACACGCAAACCCCUGCAGUACCCUGAGGUCUCCAUCCUCGGAGGGUGGGUCUGGAAUGUGCACCCUGUGCAAUGCGUCAAAUCAAGGAUGUUUCACUCUGUUUGUACAAGCUGGCUUUUGAUCUUUUCCCCCUGAGACACCCCUUCCCCACCACAGGGUGGUAAAAAAAAUAACAGCAUGACGCAUACUACAGCAUUUUGGUUACGGUGUCUUUGAUGUGGACUUGGCACAGUGACGGCGAGGGUAUAUUUAUGGUGAACUUGCUCGAGUGAAACUCAGUUUAACAUGUCUACAGAUAUGCACUUGAAUUCAAUUUUAUUAUUUAUAUGUGAUUUUUUUUAAAGCAGUAAUUCUGGUGUGACUUUUGGGCCAAAACCGCUUGAAGAGCCAUUCUUGACCUUUCGGCGUCACACCUCUCCCACCACUUUCACAGAUAUUAACGCAGCCGUUUUGCAAAAACAGGAGUGUGUGGGGAAACGGCGUGAUGCUAAAUUCAUACACGUCUGCCACAGCCCACAUCCUCAGUGACGCAGUGCCCAGGUUCCAAGAUGUCAGAAUGGCUGCUGAAGCGUCACAUGAGGAAUGUUUCUGGCUGUAGGAACCAGAGCUGAAAUCUUGAUCAUUUCAGCCCGGCACAGAAUACAGCUCUGAAUCUGCUGCUUGUUCAGAUUUUAGGACAAAGAUAAAGGUGUUUCCGCCUCUUUAUAAGAGCCUUUACCAAGCCUCGACUUGCCGGCGAUGGCCGCCCUUCAGUGUGCUCUUCUUUCAUUCCUGCUGCACUGUCUGCUUCACAACACUGCAUGCGCAUGCAACAUCACCUGCACUGCAGACUUCAUCUCCUCCUUAAAUUGUUCCUGUUCCGAAAAGGCACUCACAUCUUCGUACACAGUCAUAGCAGCUUGCUGGAAUGAAAUAGAAAAAGUGAACAGGAGCUGUGAGAUGACGCCCUCUCAACACUGGUGCACCACUGAACCAGACUUUGACUUAGUCGUUUCUGUUAAUGCAAACUGCUCCGCAAGCGUGACCAAGUUCAACAGCGAAGGGUUUCCGGAAUCCAUCAGCUCAGUACAUUUCCUGAUGUAUGAAAAGAUAAAACCAGAAGCCCCAUUCAACAUUCGGUUGGAAGAGAAUGAUGGCGGCUACAAUAUCUCCUGGACAACGGCCUAUGAGGACGAAGACUCAUACUUGCAUAAACACCUGAUUUACCGAGUGCGAAUAAGAACAAUAGAUCAGCCUUCUGAGGAACGAACUUACUCCAUUGAUGAGGACAGGAGUUACUUGGAAAUUCCCUAUGGACUCUUCAGGCCUGGGACUGAGCAUGAAGUGGAUGUCCAGGCAUCUGUAUCCCCCACCUAUAUGGAAGCAUUCUGGAGUGAAUGGAGCCCCUCCAAGAAAUGGAAAGUCAUUAGUGAUAAAGGGAACCUCUACAUGUAUGUGUUGCCUUUCCUGUCAGUGCUGCCCUGCUUGCUCUUGAUUUACUUGGGAAGAAUAGGAUGGCUGAAAUGGCUACAUUUGUACCAUUACAUUCCAAGUCCUGAAGAGUUUUUCAAGCCUCUAUACCACACACACCACGGAGAUUUUCAGCGUUGGGUGGGCCCCACUUUUACCCUCAGUGAGCCUGACACCUUAGAGAGGACCAUCGUGCUGCAGGUGGUGAAGGAGAAGCAGCAGGCACCUCUGGAGAAGCUCUUGGAGGGAAACAACGAGGACACCAGCCGGCGAGACAGUGAAGACAGGCAGGACCCAGGGAGCAGCUCCAGCAAGCAUUUUCUCCCAGGAAGCAGCAGCCAAGCCUCAACCCACAUGACUGGCCAUAUCUCCAUCCACACGGUAACUGUGUCUGGAGAGGAGAGCUCUGGCUCUCUGAGCCCAGAGGCAUACAGGGGAAGCAUCUGUGCCUACCUAGGAGACCGUGCAGCAGAAGUCAGCUUAAGCCAUCCAGGCAGGGCUGUGAUGCACAGGGAGAGGUUUCUCCCGGGACCCAGGAGUGAUGAAGACGAGCCCAUAGUGGAACAGGGCAGAGCAUUUGGGCCUUAUCACCUGAACUGGCAGUUAGCUGAAGGCGAUCAGGAACUAGAGCGAUUGUCUCUGGACUCCUUCUCUUCCAAUGAGCGAUCCGACGAUGGUUACCCCCACCUUGAGCUGGAUUUGGACACCAUCGACAGUGGGUUCCAAGAUUCUGACUGCAAUAGCCCAGUGGACACUGAGCUAAACUUGAAGAGGCCAGUUUUGGGGGAGGCAGGGAAUCUUCACAGCAACUACAUCAGACAAUGGGUGACAUACAGCUCAGCUUCCGGUGCCACAGACUGAGGAUGUUCGUGGGGCAGUGACUGAGACUUUAACUGAGCUGGAAAUGAGCUAACAGUGGACUGAGAGAAUGGCCGAAAUGGUCACAAUUAUGGAAGGAAAACUAUAUAUAAUAUAUAUAGCUGUCCUUUAAGUAUAACAUUAAUGUUGAAACAUGGAGAUUAAAAAGGAUGAGCUGUAAAUGGAGCUAAAAAAAAACUAAUCAGCAACUCAAAUAGGUGUCAUCCGUCCGUCCAUCCAUCCAUCCAUCCAUCCAUCCAUCCAUCACUGUAACCACUUAAUCCCAACUGGGGUCACAGGGGGGACUGGAGCCUAUCCCAAGAACAAGGGGCGCAGGUGGGAACCAACCCUGGGCAGUCGCCAACACUCCACAGAAAUAGGUGUCAUAUUGACAUUAAUAACUUUUCAUUAAUAUUUCUAAUGGAAGUAAAACUCAUUCUACAAUGACAGAAAUACUCAGCAGCAUUUGUGAUCAUGCACAAUGUUCAAAGAUUAUUAAAGUUAUUUCACCUAGUGAUCAUUUCCACUUCCAUACUCUAACAGGUAAAUGGAUAUUAAAUAGCACCCAGUACAGAAAAGGUUGGGGUUUGGCUAUGGUUAGAUGCCUUAGAAAAACUUCAUGAUUGAACAUUUACACAUAAUUGAGCCUGAUGUAAAUAAAUAUCAUACUUUGAAAGUUU